ACCCAUUGAAAGGCUCCAUGUUAGUAUCCAUUCACGCGCUUGCCACGGCCGAGAGCUCACAAGAAAGGACAAACCGAAACCAAGGAAGGACCUUACAAGUCCGUUUUAAAACGAAUACGACCGAAAAGGCAAAUAGAUGUGCAUGUACAGCAGAUACAACUGAAAAAAAAAUUCAAAACGACCGCUCCGGAUUUAUAUAUAGAAAUAUAUUCAAGAGCUGAAAUUAUAUAACAAGAGGACAACCUCGGAACACGUUGCAUUCAGUGAGUCAUUGACAAAUAAACUGGCAUUCCGUUCAGUCGUAUGAAUGAAUAACAGUACAGACCGUCUUUGAAUAAUAUUCGCACAAGGAUUCGUAUUGUGUCCAUUGUAGAUUGCAGCAAGGACCAAGCCGUGGACCACAGAAUUCGUUCAGCUUAGUAAGACAUAACAUUAUUCGAAACUGAUUUUUUUUAUGGCUGGUGACGCCGCGAUUACCUCAAUGCCCGAGUCCUCACUGUAAGGUGUACCGCUUCCCUUCGGACACGCGCUGGAUUGCGAACGAAAGACACAUUCUUCCCUAAGCCUCAAGUCCGGGUUUUUGGCCCACUAAUGCUCGAUAAAUUCAAACCCGUUCAUUUCGAUUCGGUAAUGGCAAUCAGCAAGACCGUGGAAUGGCUGAGAGAGCAGCUAGAAACGCGCAGCGACUGCCUGCUGGUGAUGGACUGCCGAGCCCAGGAGCUGUACGAGUCGUCGCACGUCGAGACGGCGAUAAACGUUGCCAUCCCCAGCCUCAUGCUCCGGCGGCUGAAAAAGGGCAACUUGCCCAUAAAGUCCCUCCUGGCGAACGGAGAGGACCGUGAGAGAUUCGCGCGGAGGUGCAAGACGGACACGAUCGUGCUCUACGACGAAUACAGCAGAGAAUGGAACGAAAAUGUCGACGGCGGCUCGGUGUUGGGACUGCUGCUUCGGAGAAUGAAAGACGAGGGAUACAAGGCUUUUUACUUAGAAGGCGGCUUCAACAAAUUUCAAGCCGAGUUCCCCGCCUUGUGCGACACCAAUUUGGAUAGCUCGUCCGGCAGCAGCUCCCCGAGUUCCCACGUUCUGGGGUUAGGCGGCCUGCGGAUCAGCUCCGACUCCUCCGACAUCGAGUCCGACAUUGACCGCGACCCCAACAGUGCCACCGACUCGGACGGAAGCCCCCUGUCGAACCCGCAGCCUUCUUUCCCCGUGGAGAUCCUGCCCCAUCUCUACCUGGGCUGCGCCAAGGAUUCCACGAAUCUGGACAUUUUGGAGGAAUAUGGGAUCAAGUACAUCCUGAACGUGACGCCCAACCUCCCCAAUUUGUUUGAGAACGCUGGGGAGUUCAAGUACAAGCAGAUCCCCAUCUCGGAUCACUGGAGCCAGAAUCUCUCCCAGUUCUUCCCAGAGGCUAUCGGGUUCAUUGACGAGGCCCGCAGCCAGGAGUGCGGCGUCCUGGUGCACUGCCUGGCGGGAAUCAGCCGCUCGGUCACGGUGACGGUGGCCUACCUCAUGCAGAAGCUCAACCUGUCCAUGAACGACGCCUACGACAUCGUCAAGACCAAGAAGUCCAACAUCUCGCCCAACUUCAACUUCAUGGGCCAGCUGCUGGACUUCGAGCGGACCCUGGGCCUGGCGAGCCCUUGCGACAACCGCGUUUCUGCUGCCGCUGCCGCCGCCGCCGCCUCCGUCUCCUCCGCCCAGCCCCCCCUCUACUUCACCACCCCCACCAACCACAACGUCUUCCAGCUGGACGCCCUGGAGUCCACGUGAGGCGCCCCCGCCCCCGCGGCUGAGGAGACGUCCUCUCUUCUGGUUUUUUCCCACCCUCGACCCAUCGAGAGGUUUCUCGACGCGGUUUUUGCGGCAGUCGGGGGGCCAAGUCACCGGCAGCUGGGGCGAGCCGCCCGGAGACGCGAAGCUGAAGCAGAGCUGCGGGUGGGGUGGGGGACAGGGGGGCAGAGCCUAUCCCCCUCUCUGACUGGGACUCGCGGAGUCCGCCCCCCUCCCAAAGCUCGCGGGGAAGAUGGACAGAUGCAUGCUGACGAGAAGACUGGGGAUGCCAAAGAAACGCAGUUGGUCAAAUUGGACAUUAUUAUUACUACGAUCAUCAUAAUUGCUACUAUUAUUAUUACUAUUAUUGUCAUUGUUAUUAUUACGACUACUUGCGAGCACUUAUGCCCACAGUUGUUUGUUUAGCUUGGGUGUAAAUCCGUUGUCUUCUGUGAAGACGCUGAGUUUUUGGGGUGAAGCACCCCAGGUUUAGAGGGUACAGAGGCAUGCCACGUCAUUCAAGUGGAGUCGGUGGAAACAUUUAUACUUGUGUAUAUACCCUGCGUGAGACCUAAGAGGACCUCACUACUAAGACCACGCCCUUUUUGCAAAUGAGUAGCUAGUUUUGUUUCCGCCUCUCUUAAAUUUUUAUGUGAACCUACGUGCUGAAUAUUGAUAUAUCGUUGUUUAAUAAAGCCAAAAAAUCUAUAGGUUUUUAAGAUUUUAAAAUGUGCA